CGUUAGAUUCUCCGAGGUGUCCCUGAACGCAGCACCAGGAUCCUGUAUCUGCGCCUCAGAGAUUAGCAGCAGACUGUUGCUCUCAGCUGAUGUUUUAAAGGUUGGACUGGUCUUAAAGAAGAACUGGACUCUGAAGACCCUGUUCAUGUUUUAAUAUUAAUGUUUAAACCUCUGAGUCUCUGAGAGAGUCCCAGAGAGGAGACCACAUGCUAACAGCUCAACUCUGUAACGGCUGGUUCCUCUGAGGGGACCGACACCAGGACCUGAACUUUAGACACUUUCCUCGGAAACAAAGGGGACCAGCUUUCAGUUCUACAGGGACUACUCGACGCCAUCAGACCCCCAAAGGACCCGGGACAGGUUUAAGAUGCAGGACCUGCCCCUCCGAGCAGUUUGCAGGGUUCAAGGACACGGAGCCAGGAGAAAGACCGUCUGAGUAAACUACUCAUCCAUUCAUAUUCAGGACCUUCGCUUCAUCAAACCACCCACCGCCACCGCCACCGCCACCGGAUCUGAUCACGCCAACUAAAUGUAAAGGAUCGAUUAGUUCCAGCCACCAUGGAUAUCUUUCCCCGGCCAAGCGGAGAAAUCCAGAGGAGGAACCCUCAGCAUGACUUUGAGCUCAUUCAGAGGGUGGGAAGCGGCACAUAUGGAGACGUGUACAAGGCUCGAAACAUACAAACUGGGGAGCUCGCUGCGGUGAAGAUCAUAAAACUGGAACCUGGGGACGACUUUUCCAUCAUACAGCAGGAAAUCUUCAUGGUGAAGGAAUGCAUGCACCACAAUAUCGUGGCCUACUUUGGGAGCUACCUCUGUCGGGAGAAGCUGUGGAUCUGUAUGGAGUACUGUGGAGGAGGAUCUCUGCAGGACAUUUACCACGUGACGGGACCUCUCUCAGAGCUUCAGAUAGCGUACGUCAGCAGAGAGACCAUACAGGGUUUGGGAUAUCUGCACACCAAGGGCAAGAUGCACCGUGACAUCAAGGGCGCCAACAUCCUCCUCACAGACAACGGAGACGUGAAGUUAGCUGACUUCGGAGUCGCGGCCAAAAUAACAGCCACCAUCGCCAAGAGGAAGUCUUUCAUUGGCACACCGUACUGGAUGGCUCCAGAAGUAGCAGCAGUGGAGAAAAACGGCGGCUACAACCAGCUGUGUGAUAUCUGGGCUGUGGGGAUCACGUCCAUCGAGCUGGCCGAGCUGCAGCCUCCCAUGUUUGACCUUCACCCCAUGAGAGCUUUGUUCCUGAUGUCAAAGAGCAGCUUCCAGCCUCCGAAGCUAAAAGACAAAAACAAAUGGUCCACUGCCUUCCAUAACUUCGUCAAAGUGUCUCUGACGAAGAACCCGAAGAAGAGACCCACCGCAGAAAAGCUCCUAUCGCACGUGUUCAUGGCUCAGGCGGGUCUAACCAGACGGCUCGCUGUCGACCUCCUAGAUAAGAUGAACAACCCUGAUAACCACCAGCAUUACAGCGAGGUGGACGACGACGACCUCGAGCCGCUCUCUGCCGUCAGACACACCAUCCGCUCCACCAACAAGCAAGCCCGGGCCGAGAGGACGCGCUCAGAGAUCGACUCACACAAUGGGACUGACCACGGGACGCCAUGCUCAAGUCCUAGCUUCUCUGUGGGACACAGGGGGGACGCAGUCGACAAGCUCCAGUUUGAACCUCCGCUCAGGAAGGAAACUGAGGCUCACUCUGAAAUGGAUGUGAGUAAAGAUAAUGACUUCCCCUCCCCCUGGAGUCCGUUUGCAGAGGGAGGAAUAACAACCAGGGGACACAUCGCUCAUCUGGAGGACGCCUUCGAAGAAGUGGAGCUGUCAACUCUGAAGCCAGGGAUGCCUCCUCCUCCUCUGCCCCCGAAGCCACGGUUAAACAGCUCCUCAGAGGAGCUCGGCCUGAACGACGAGCGGUCUCUGACGGUUCGGAGGUUCCCAAACUCAGAGAACGGGCCGACUCAGGUGUCUCGCAGACAGAGCACGCCCGAGUCGGGCAACAAGGGGGAGCACUCAUCUCCAGAUUUCCUCUCCGCCAGCGUCAGCAGCCCCGGCCUUUUGUCUCAUGCCUCAGAUCCUGAGAACGACUCAGACGACAGCGUGAACGGAGGCAGUCCCAAGCCGCCGCCCAACAGACCGCACCGGAAGGAGAAGAAGGAGUUCCCUAAACCAGCGAUCAACGGCCUGCCGCCCACUCCUAAAGUCCUGAUGGGAGCCUGUUUCUCUAAAGUGUUUGAUGGCUGUCCGCUGAAGAUCAACUGUGCCACGUCAUGGAUUCACCCCGACACCAAAGAUCAGUACCUCAUCUUUGGGACGGAGGACGGGAUCUAUACGUUGAACCUCAACGAGCUGCAUGAAGCCACGAUGGAGCAGCUGUUUCCCAGGAAGUGUACGUGGCUGUACGUUAUCAACAACAACCUGAUGUCUUUAUCUGAAGGGAAAACCUUCCAGCUGUACUCCCACAAUCUCAUCGGGUUGUUUGAGCAGCUGAAGAAGCCCGGCCUGGCCGCUCAGUUCCAGACUCACCGCUUCCCGGAUAAGAUUUUACCCAGGAGGUUCGCCUUGACGACUAAGCUCCCCGACACAAAGGGAUGUCACAAGUGCUGCAUCGUGAGGAACCCGUACACCGGCCACAAGUACCUGUGUGGGGCGCUGCAGUCUGGGAUCGUCCUGUUACAGUGGUAUGAACCCAUGCAGAGGUUCAUGCUCAUCAAGCACUUUGACUUCCCCCUCCCCAGCCCCCUGAAGGUGUUUGAGAUGCUGGUGGUCCCGGAGCAGGAGUACCCUCUGGUGUGCGUGGCCAUCAGCCAGGGCUCAGAGCCGGGUCAGGUGGUCCGCUUCGAGACGAUCAACCUCAACUCCUGCUCCUCCUGGUUCACAGAGAUGGGAACGACCAAUCAGCAGGUCGAUGCCAUCCACGUGACCCAGCUGGAGAGAGACACGGUGUUGGUGUGUUUGGACCAAAACCUGAAGAUCGUGAAUCUUCAAGGCCGACUGAAGUCCAACAAGAAGCUGGCGUCCGAGCUCAGCUUCGACUUCGGCAUCGGAUCUGUUGUGUGCCUUCAGGACAGCGUCCUCGCCUUCUGGAAACACGGCAUGCAGGGGAAGAGCUUCAAGUCUAACGAGGUGACGCAGGAGAUCUGUGAUCCCAGCAGAGUCUUCCGCCUCCUCGGAUCCGACAGGGUGGUGGUCCUGCAGAGCCGACCCACGGACAACCCGACGGCCCUGAGCAACCUCUACAUCCUGGCCGGUCAUGAGAACAGUUACUGAGCCUCUCUCUCUCUCUCUGUGAAGAAGCGUCCACAUGCUGCGGUCUUUGGGAGAACCCUCCAGACUCUGACUUGGGAAACGUCUGGAUUAAAAACUGUUACUGAUCAGGGUCUUCGGUCUGGAUUCAGGAGCAGCCUUACACCAUGUAGCAGAAGGUGAAGAAUCAAUAAAAAGCUCCUCUGGACUUUGUUACUUAGCUUCCUCUCCGAGUUACAAACCAGUAUGUAGAGGUUUUCUUAUUAUCGUCAUAAGUGCCAUUAAGGAUCACGAGUCUGUGAUCGUGUUAGCAAACGAUGGGAGAUUAAUCGUGUCUGUAACGCUCGUCAUCACGCCCGCUUAGAGGGGAGAUAUGUAGUCAAACUAAUAGAUCAGCUGAAACAGAAACCCAGGAGCAUUGUGGGUAAUUUAAGCAAUAUUUAUUAACCUCACGUUCGGGUGUGUUUGAUUUACAGACCGUGUUAACAGGAAGUGUGAGAGGAGUAAAGAUCCCGCAGCAGCUUUGGGUUUAAUUCACUGCUUCUGUAAUAAAGCCGCGUUCCCUUGCUCCCUUGCUCCCUUGCUCCCUCGCCCCCUCGCUUCCUCGCUCCCUCGCUCUGCUGCAUUCAUAGACGGAUUUAAUGUACAUUCUCCCUCUCUCUCUCCCUCCCUCUUUUAUAGACUCUUCUUCUUCUCAUUAUUUGCACCAUGUAAGCACUUUUGUACAUUUUUUUAUUUAAAAAUAAAACGACAGAAUGAGGGACAGAUGCUCGGUUUUUCGUUAACAUCUUUGCAUUCCCUUCGCAAAAUGUUUUAAUGUAUGCUGUUUUUGUAAUAAAAACGCUCUUAACAAGA